UCCUUGGUCUGGGGCUCCCCACAGUUCCCCACCAUCACUCCUCCCAUUCCUUCCAAUUUUAUUUUUAGCUGCCAAUGGGAGGGGGCAGGAUGAGAGGGAAAGUAAAGAAAACAGAAAAGGAGAGGGACAGAGGCACAGAGGACUUCACGUACGGACAGAGAACGGCCAGGCAUGGAGCUCGUCCUCUUCCCUCACCUGUUCUUGCCCCUGAUGUUCCUGGCAGGGCUCUGCUUCUCCUUUAACCUGGACGUGCAUCACCCACGCAUGUUCCCAGGGCCACCAGAGGCUGAAUUUGGAUACAGCGUUUUACAACAUGUUGGGGGUGGACGGCGAUGGAUGCUGGUGGGUGCCCCCUGGGAUGGGCCUUCGGGAGAUCGGAGGGGGGAUGUUUAUCGCUGUCCCAUUGGAGGGUUCCACAGUGCUCCAUGUGCCAAGAGCCACUUGGGUGAACAUCAACUGGGAAAUUCAUCUCGCCCUGCUGUGAACAUGCACCUGGGGAUGUCUCUGCUGGAGACAGAUGGCGACGGGGGAUUUAUGGCCUGUGCCCCUCUCUGGUCUCGUGCUUGCGGCAGCUCUGUCUUCAGCUCUGGGAUCUGUGCCCGUGUGGAUGCUUCAUUUCGGCCUCAGGGAAGCCUGGCACCCACUGCCCAACGCUGCCCUACAUACAUGGAUGUUGUCAUUGUCUUGGAUGGCUCCAACAGCAUCUAUCCCUGGUCUGAAGUUCAGACCUUCCUGCGAAGGCUGGUAGGGAGACUGUUUAUUGAUCCAGAGCAGAUACAGGUGGGACUGGUACAAUAUGGGGAGAGUGCUGUACAUGAGUGGUCCCUGGGAGAUUUCCGAACCAAGGAAGAAGUGGUGAGAGCAGCAAGGAACCUCAGUCGGCGGGAGGGGCGAGAAACGAAGACUGCCCAAGCAAUAAUGGUGGCCUGCACAGAAGGGUUCAGCCAGAGCCGUGGAGGCCGACCAGAGGCUGCCAGGCUCCUGGUGGUGGUCACUGAUGGAGAAUCGCAUGAUGGGGAGGAGCUUCCCGCAGCGCUAAAGGCCUGUGAGGCUGGAAGGGUGACUCGCUAUGGGAUUGCGGUCCUGGGCCACUAUCUCCGGAGGCAGCGAGACCCCAGCUCGUUCCUGAAGGAAAUCAGAGCUAUUGCCAGUGAUCCUGAUGAGCGAUUCUUCUUCAACGUCACGGAUGAGGCUGCACUGACUGACAUUGUGGAUGCGCUAGGAGACCGGAUUUUUGGCCUUGAGGGGUCCCACGGAGAAAAUGAAAGCUCCUUUGGGUUGGAAAUGUCUCAGAUCGGUUUCUCCACUCAUCGCCUAAAGGAUGGGAUUCUCUUUGGGAUGGUGGGAGCCUAUGACUGGGGGGGCUCAGUGCUAUGGCUUGAAGAAGGUCACCGCCUUUUCCCACCACGAACGGCCCUGGAAGAUGAGUUCCCCCCAGCACUACAGAACCAUGCUGCCUAUCUAGGUUACUCUGUUUCCUCCAUGCUUUUGCGGGGUGGACGUCGCCUCUUUCUCUCAGGGGCUCCGCGGUUUAGGCAUCGAGGAAAAGUCAUCGCCUUCCAGUUUAAGAAAGAUGGGUCUGUGAGGGUCGCCCAGAGCCUCCAAGGGGAGCAGAUUGGCUCAUACUUUGGCAGUGAGCUCUGCCCGUUGGAUACCGAUAGGGAUGGAACAACUGAUGUCUUGCUUGUGGCUGCCCCCAUGUUCCUGGGACCCCAGAACAAGGAGACAGGACGUGUGUAUGUGUAUCGGGUGGGCCAGCAGUCCUUGUUGAAUCUCCAAGGAACACUUCAGCCUGAGCCCCCCCAGGAUGCUCGAUUUGGCUUUGCAAUGGGUGCUCUUCCUGAUCUGAACCAAGAUGGCUUUGCUGAUGUGGCUGUGGGGGCACCCCUGGAGGAUGGGCACCAGGGAGCACUGUACCUGUAUCAUGGAACCCAGGGUGGGCUCAGGCCCCAUCCUGCCCAGCGAAUCGCUGCUGCCUCCAUGCCACAGGCCCUCAGCUACUUUGGCCGAAGUGUGGAUGGCCGGCUAGAUCUGGAUGGAGACGAUUUGGUAGAUGUGGCUGUGGGUGCCCAGGGUGCAGCCAUCCUGCUCAGCUCCCGGCCCAUCGUUCACCUGGCCCCAUCGCUGGAUGUGACCCCCCCAGCCAUCAGCGUGGUUCAUAAGGGCUGUAAGCGGCGAGGCCAGCAGGCCGCCUGCUUGAGCGCCGCCCUCUGCUUCCGCGUCACCUCCCGCACUCCUGGCCGCUGGGAUCGCCGGUUCUACACACGGUUCACAGCAUCACUGGAUGAGUGGACGUCAGGGGCACGCGCAGCCUUUGAUGGCUCGGGCCAGAGGCUGCCCCCGCGGCGGCUGCGGCUCAGUGUGGGGAAUGUCACUUGUGAGCAGCUGCACUUCCACGUACUGGAUACAUCAGAUUAUCUCCGGCCAGUGGCCUUGACUGUGACCUUUGCCUUGGACAACACCACAAAACCUGGGCCCGUGCUGGAUGAAGGUUCACCCACGUCUAUACGAAAGCUGGUCCCCUUCUCAAAGGAUUGUGGUCCUGACAAUGAAUGUGUCACAGACCUGGUGCUCCGAGCUAAUAUGGACAUCAGGGGCUCCAGAAAGGCCCCGUUUGUGGUUCGAGGUGGCCGGCGGAAAGUGGUGGUGUCAGCCGCUCUGGAGAACAGAAAGGAAAAUGCCUACAACACUAGCCUGAGCCUCAGCUUCUCUAGAAACCUCCACCUGACCAGUCUCACUCCUCAGAGGGACAGCCCAGUAAAGAUGGAGUGCACAGCCCCUUCCACUCACGCCCGGCUCUGCAGCGUGGGACAUCCUGUCUUCCAGGCUCGAGCCAAAGUCACCUUUCUGCUAGAGUUUGAGUUUAGCUGCUUCUCCCUCCUGAGCCAGGUCAUCGUGAGGCUGGCUGCCACCAGUGAUAGCCUGGAGACAAAUGGGACCCUUCAAGAUAAUACAGCACAGACCUCAGCCUACGUUCAAUACGAGCCUCACCUCCUGUUUUCUAGUGAAUCCACCCUGCACCGCUAUGAGGUUCACCCAUAUGGGACCCUCCCAGUGGGUCCUGGCCCUGAGUUCAAAACCACUCUUAGGGUUCAGAACCUUGGCUGCUAUGUGGUCAGAGGCCUCAUCAUCUCGGCCCUCCUGCCAGCUGUGGCCCACGGGGGCAAUUACUUCCUGUCACUGUCUCAAGUCAUCACUAGCAAUGCAAGCUGCACAGUGCAGAACCUGACCGAGGCCCCAGGACCCCCUGUGCAUCCAGAGGAGCUUCAGCACACAGACAGACUGAACGAGAGCAACACCCGGUGUCAGGUGGUGCGGUGCCGCCUUGGGCAGCUGCCAAAGGGGACCGAGGUCUCUGUGGGACUGCUGAGGCUGCUACACAAUGAAUUUUUCCGGAGGGCCAAGUUCAAGUCCCUGACAGUGGUCAGCACCUUUGAACUGGGAACUGAGGAGGGCAGUGUCCUGCAGCUGACUGAAGCCUCCCGUUGGAGUGAGAGCCUGCUGGAGGUGAUUCAGACCCGCCCCAUCCUCGUCUCCCUGUGGAUUCUCAUCGGCAGUGUCCUGGGAGGGCUACUCCUGCUUGCUCUCCUUGUCUUCUGCCUGUGGAAGCUUGGCUUCUUUGCCCGUAAGAAAAUCCCUGAGGAAGAAAAAAGAGAAGUUGGAGCGACAAAUGUCGAAUAAGGCUCUAGAAGGUUCUUCCUGGCAGCUCCUUCAAGAGACUGGCAUCAGAGCAGAGGUUUGGGGGCCCCGAUGAGACAAGAAGCAGCCUUUGGACUGUCUCCCCAGACCUGCAGCCUGACGUGACUUUCCAGUCCUGAGGAUGCUGCUGGCCAGAGUCCAGGCUUUACCUCGAUGCGCAGGGCUGGCACCGACGUGGGCCACGCGCGCGCCCUCUGCUUUCCUCCUCCCAACCAUCCUCAUUCCACAGCCAACAUUGGAGUCUUUGUCCAGGCUCCCUUGCCCCCAGCCGCAGCAGUCAAGAAUUUUUUUUUUUUUUUUUUUUUUUUUUUGCCUAAGGUCCCUGAUACCUUUCAGGGUCCCUCUUUGCUCUCCCUCAAAUUGGGGAAGGACGAGGGUUAUCAUACCUCCAUCCCUCCCACCCCCCCACCUUCCUGCCUGCCCCCUACUCCGCAGGAGAGAGCUGACGUUGGCUUGAACGAAGUAAAGUCAACAUCUGCUGCUUUCCUGUGCAGUCUGGUGAUUCAUAGAGCCGGAUGGGGAGAGUCAACAGGAAAAAAGGAGGGAGGAGGAAAAGCCACAAGAGACAUUCUGUCCAAUUCCAAGGAACAGAGAAGGCUUUAGACAGGCAACUGCCAUUCCCCCCCUCCGCUCCCCGAAACCUGAGACUUCGUGGAGCACUGGGCCGCCCUCAGGUGCUGGUGAAACAGAGCUGCCCCCAGGCUUGCUGGGCGUGGGUUUCCCAGCCUGCAGCUUUCCUGGGAGCAAAGCCAGGGCCUCGUGCCCAGUUUUCUGGAGCCAGGCGCCCCUAGGUGGCUAGAGCUGGAAUAGCAGCGAAGACUGGGUAGCUGUCGCUGCGUUUCCUCCACUUCUCUCCGGCCUUAACUCCAGCUUGCGUGCUCCUUUGGGGCUUUCUGAUAGAAAGCAGAGGAAAGGGAAGGGGUGACUGCUUGAUGGCGGGAAACUCCUUCACUUUAUCAGCUUUGGGAAGCAGCAGUCCCAUGAGAUCCAGACAAGUGGGGUCUGCAAGGGGAGGUCUCUGGGGAGCAGGUCUUCACUUGCUCAGCACUGGUUGUGUAGCACAGUCCUAGGAAAAUGUUUCUGGGGCCACCAUGCUCACAUUUCGUCGAGUUUCUCUGGAGGAAUCAGUUUGCCAGCCCUUGCGUGAUGUUUGGUGAAAAUCCCGAAAGGAAAUUCUGUCUCUGAACUGCCUCUCGCCACAGCUGCCCUGUGUUUUGGUCCAGGUCAGUCAAGGCCAUCGGGUUCUCAUAGACAACUAGGUAACUUCUGAUUCUUUGUAAUCAAGACUUUGGAUCCACAGAUCAGCUUCUGCUCUCCAGAGUGCCGCCCUGACAGCCAUUUGGAGAAUGGCCCUUUAGAACUGAGAAGACAGAAGACUGGGCAGUUGUCCAGCGGCCCCAAACCUGUCCUCCCAGGCCGCCCCGGAGACCUGGCUACAAUGUUUGUUUUGGCAUGUCAGGCCUUCUGCAGCAUGGGCAUUGUCUCUGUUUCCCAGCAGGGUGGACGGUCUAUCAGAUGGUCAAAACAAAUAAAG